AUGUUUGAACAUUGCUGUGCUGCUACAUCUUCCAUGCUGUUUGCUAAGGGAUUACCACGACUGUUGUGCAUAUUUGGUGUUCGUCGUCAUUUCGGUUAUUGGCCGCCUCCGGCUUCUAAACGUUCUAGGCUGAUUGAGUUGCCAUCGGGAAAGAAGUUUUUUGUUUUUCGCGGUAAACGUGACGCCGACGGUAAAUUGGAACCAGUUGUCUGCUUCAUCGAUCGCAACGGUGAACGGUUGACUUGGUUUAAUACCGAGGAGAUCCACCAACUCGAGGAAUUGGCACCAAGACUACACAAAUACCUAAAUCUUUGGGAACAAAAAUUGUGA